AUGUCAAGGAAGGAAAAGGCUAAAUUAUUUGUUGGAUAUGAUGACUUUAAGAUUUUAGCUAUAACAGAUGAGGAAGCAAAGGAAGCAAAUAAUAGAUAAAGCUAAAAUGUUAAUGGCUAAAGCAACUCUAAAUAUAGACAAGAUGAGGAGCUUGGCUUUGAUGAUACUUUAUCUUCAGAUAUAUAGAAAGAUACUAAUAAUCUGGACAGUUCUAAUUAAUCUGUGAAGUCAAUUGAAUACAUAGCAAGGACUGAAAUGCCUAAGAAGAAAUUCUGUGAUUAUUGCAAUCUUGAGUAACCAUAUAGAACUAAGCAUUGCAAGUAAUGCGAAAGAUGCGUCAGAAAAUUUGACCAUCAUUGCUUUUGGAUUGGUGGGUGCGUAGGUGAACUUAAUCAUAGAAAAUUUUGGGCUUUUCUACUAUUUUAGACCAUACAUUUCACAAUGUCUUUUAAUAUUGCUAUGAGCGGAUAUACAAUGAAAGAGGAAGCAGGAAAAGGUGAUAAAGACAAAAUAAAUCAUAUUGGAAGUAUUUGGGCUGUAUUUCAAGUUUUAAGUUUCACUUUUAUCCUCUUUGCUGGAAUACUUUUUUUCUAUCAUACCUAUCUAAUUAUGUCAGGCUAAACUACAUGGGAGCAUUCAAGGAGAGGGACAAUCUCUUACUUAAGUUUCUACCCAAUCGGCAUUCUGCCAUUUUAUCAGGGGAUUAAGCAAAAUAUAAUUUCAACCUUUUUCCAUGGUAAUUAAUGCACUGAUUGGGAAUUAAAAGAGCCCUUUGAAUUGAAACAAAUUCAAGGAUUUAAUCUUUGCGAAAAUGAACUCUACUCCUGUUGUUGA